AUGGCCGAACGACAAAUGGAAGCCGCACAGCGGGCUCGUCGGCAACCCGAUUACGAUUCCGACGACGACGUGAGUUCGGUGGACAUUAAUUCCACUUCCGGACAACAACAGCAGCUGCAGCAGCAGCAACAGUUCCAAAUAUCAAGCUCGCUUUCUCCCACAAACGAACUAGAAUCCUUUGAUCCUUACCGACCGCGACAACAACCUGCAUCGGACGAAGCCUUGUUUGACGCGACUGCCUUUGAAUUAUCGUCCAUGAUGGGGGAGAAAGAAAUUAAAAAGUCAACUGUUCCAGGUGGGGCUGGUUAUUUGGAAAUAGAAGAAGAACCCCCAAGACCCGUACCAUUUGAAAUGUCAUUAGACAACAACGAACCCAUUCGAACGAGCUCUGGAUUGUUAUUGACGCAUAGACGGAACUCGCCAACUAGCACUUUCAACAAUAGAACAAGAGCAACGCCUAGAGGAAACAAUAAUACCACCGCAUAUGAUAGUUAUGUAAAACGGAGACAAGCCUUUGAAAUGGAAAAUGGGCUUCAUGGUAACCCUGGUGGUUAUGGAGCAUCUAGCUAUGGUCCUUCUGGAAGACAUUCAAUGGCAAUGUCACAAGGCAAACAAAUACUAUCGUAUGCAAAGGUGUGGAUCGUCGUAUGCUUUGGUGCAUUGCUCGUAACAACGGGAGCCUUGAUGCAUUCCUUUGGCAGCAAUGAAAUCGAGAAUGAAAGUGUGCAAAAGAAGAAUGAUGCUGCACAAGCAUCCAACCAAAACAUGGGUCAAUAUCAAUAUCAAAAUAAUGUGGCCGGAGGUCAGAAUGCUUACUACUAUCCAGUAUCAGAACAAGUUUUGUUGGUCCCAAUGGAGAACAUUUCUCAAUUGGCAGCACAACAACAGGGAAAUGAAAACUAUCCACCGAGGCGAAAGUUGGGAUUAUCACAAUUAGGACAUAAUCAACAACAUCAGCAACAUCAUCAUCAACAGCAUUAUGAGCACAUGUCUCUACACAAACUUCGAAUGGAGUUUGAAAACUGGAUGUCGGAACACAAGAAGAAUUAUCAUUCCCAUAAAGAAAAGGAACAUAGAUUUGCAAUUUGGUCACAGAAUCAUAAACGAACAAAAGAUAAAAAUCGAAGGCAUGGCCGUUGCAAAAUGACAAAACAAGAAGUCUUUGGCUCUAACCACUUGAUGGACUUGUCACCUGAAGAAUUUGUUGGCAAGUUUUUGACUGGAUACAAGGGGCCAAGAACCGAUGAAAUGCAUACCGCUAGUCUUGGUAUGGGCUUUCGUCGACUCGGAAAGCAACAGACUGGCAAGGCGCUAGAUCCAAAGGUUCAAAAAGCCAAGAUCCACGAAACAGUGAAACGACGAAUGCUUCAGCAACAAGAACCAGUCAUGAAAUCCAAGAUGAAUUGCAAAUGGUAUGAUGUAUCUUGUGUCUUGCGAUGGUUGUACAGUUCGAGUGGAAUGCAAUUUGGUCUGAUUGGAACCAUGGAACCAAAAUACGAUGCGGAUACUUACCCGAACGCUGUCGAUUGGAGAGAUUCUGGAGCAGUAUCGGAUGUGCGGUAUCAAGGUGAAUGUGGAGCAUGUUGGGCUAUCACUGCCGUUGAGACGGUCGAAUCGGCACACUUCAUCGGUACAGGAAAUCUCUACGACCUCUCAGAAGCCGAAGUCAUCACAUGUGAAACAAGUUGUAGCAUGUGUGAUGGCGGCUGGCCACAAAAUGCUUACCAGUACGUCAUGGACCAUGGCGGACUUCCGCUUUCCAAUAACUUUGCAUAUGAUAGUUACACUCUUUUGGAAAUGACGUAUGGCCUGAGCGGGACAUCCAGUUACUGGACCGAAGAUUCUGUCACUUCCAAGCGGUCGGAAGUGUGUCCAGCAGCUGACGAGGGUAACAAUGACAAAAGUAGCGGAGAUGAAUAUUACGACGGUGGUGGUGAGAAUAACAACUAUGGUGAUUACUCUAGCCAAGGUCGCUAUGGAAACAUUAAGGGCUUUGGAUAUGCAACCGAUCGUUGUAUUUGCUACUCGGAUGGUUCUGGGUGUGACUGUGACGACCAAGACGAAAGUACCGCAGUCAGAAAUCUGGCAAGUUAUGGCCCCGCUGUAGUCUGUUUGGAAGCUUCCCUUUGGCAAGACUAUUCUGGGGGAAUCAUCACAUCCGAUCUCGGUUGCGGUACUCAGUUUUUGGACAUGAAUCACUGCGUUCAAGUUGUUGGCUACGCGUAUACCGACAGCUCUAACAAUAAUGAUGGAGAAAACAAUGGCAACAGCGGGAGUGGCAGCCAAGAUGACUCUGCUCGAGAAGGAUAUUGGAUUGUACGAAAUCAAUGGGGUAAUAGCUGGGGCAUGAAUGGCUAUGCGUAUGUUGCUAUGGGUGAAAACACCUGUGGAAUCCUAAACGACAUGACUCAAGCCUACCUUUAA